AUGUUCGCCCAUCAACGAAUCGCAAAGGGCAAACCGGACGUUGACAAGGUUCUCGAUGCUUUGUGGCUGAGAUAUAGCGCCGGAGGUAUGAAGGAAGCAAACAGUGCUGCAGUCAAUGUCCUCAACCUGUCUCACAUUCUCCCUUUAGAUACAGUGGCUGUGUACCUCUUUGGCGAAUGCUUUCACGGCAUCAGUAAUGGUCGCCUCCACGUCACCGAGUUCAUCCAUAGCUUCGUCGCUGGGGUCCGCUUCUUCCACCUACCAGGGCGGUUCUAUGACUUUGUCGACAAGAGCGCCGGCGCAUUCAUGCUGCACCAUAAUCCCGAAGUUCUUCCAAAUCCGUGUCAGUUCAUGCCAGGGCGAUGGCUCAAUCCGUCUCAGGAGAUGGUGCGUGACAGCUUUUACUUCGGAGCUGGCUCGCGACAGUGCAUCGCACGGAAUCUUGCGUCUGCUGGACUUUGGUGGGCGGUUGAGACCUUGAUUCAAAGUGAUGUCCUUCGGGGUGCAAAGGUUGUUCAGGACAAGAUCGAGAUUGUGUAG